AUGCCGCGAUCCGUUUCCUUUGUGGCGCACCACGACACCGCCAGGUCCGGGGUGUCUGGCACGGCAGUGACUGUCUGCGCGCUGCGCGCGGAGGAGUCCGCGAAGCCUGAGCGCCGCAGGCUCGUCUUUGACCCGCUGGCGUCGGUGCUCUGCGGAGGCUGCGGCCCCGAUGCCGAGUGGAUCGAGUCCACGGGCAGGUCGAGGGAGUUCUGGAUCGACUUCAUGGCGGUCAGAACUCGCUGGAUAGACGACGCGAUGGCGCUCGCACCCCCCAAGCAGCUGGUCAUCCUGGGUGCGGGGCUGGACUGCCGGGCCUAUCGCCUGGAGGCCCUCAGGGGGGUGCCCGUGUUCGAGGUGGACUUCGGAGAGGUGCUGGAGGCCAAGCAGCUCAGUCACGUCCCCGCGAACCUCGGGGUCGACGACCUGCAGCAGGCGCUCUUGGCAGCGGGCUUCCACACAGGCCAGCCGUCGGUCUGGCUCCUGGAGGGCCUCACCGGCUACCUGACCGAGCCCGAGCUCGCCGCGCUGCUCGAGAGCGUGGCCGCGGCGUCGGUGGAGGGGUCCACGAUUAUCGCCACGUUCGUAGGCGCGGAGAUGAGGGCCACGAGCAUGCAUCGGUUCUCUGUGGCUGACGAGAGCCAGGUCGCGGCGGUCCUGGGCGCCGCGGGCUGGGCCGCGGCAGAGGUGCAGCGGCUGGGCGCCGUCUCCCGGGGCUACGGUCGGGACUCGGUCCCUCCGGAGGUCGGGUACUUCCUCGCGUCCGCCGCCAGGGAAUGA